UCCAGUGGCCAGUGGUGCGUAGAGAAGUGACCCAAAUUCCAACUCCAACUGGUGUCGCUUCCCUCUCCAUCGGACACUGAAACGUUUCCUGCAAGGAGGGUGGGGCGGACGUUGGGCCCGAACAUCAGCCUUUUUGGGCAGUUUGAAAAGUGAUAGUAGAUGCGACUUGUUUGCAGUGCUCGUGCCUUUUCAGUGAGUAAUUUUGCAAGCCUUCAACGGGAACAGUCGUCUCGCUACUCACCAACGUGUGAGUGAGUGAGGGAGAGGACGAGAAGUGUGCGUGUGUGUGUGUAUGUGAGUGCGUAAAUGUGUGGCCGUGCUUAUGUGUGGUAGUAGUAUUUCAAUUUCCAACCCGUCGUCGUCGAUCCCCGGUUAUCGUGAAACGGCGGAAUCGUCCCACAUUGCGUCCUGCCCAGGAGACGGAGCAAGGGUAGAUCGAUUACUCGAGUAGCGAGCUAUGGUCAACGCUAUGGUGCUACUCUAGAACAGACGGCGCACAAUAUACAUACCCCCAAAAUUCGCCAGUCUAUAGGGGUGCAGUGUAAAUUAAUCAGACGAUGUCCAACGACGCACUGUGGGUGUCUGACGCCAUGUUGGACUCACUCAGUAUGCAACUUCGGGAUGCCGAAGCUCGCCGAGCGGAAGCAGAACGUGCACACCAGGACGCUCUGGCACAGCUUAGAGGUAUGUCGUCCGGCAUGGGUAGGAUAAGUGAACCGAUAGAAACGUUGCAGUCCAGAGCCCGCGAGUUGGAGAAGAAGGCUGCACUAGAGACGGUGCGAUGCGAAGAACUUCAGCUGGAACUGUCAGCUGCGCUAAAAUCACGGCCCGGCCGUACGCACGGCACAUCCGGUCCUGGUGGAUCGACCGGCUCGAUGCUCGGCGGUGGCCUCGGAGACAGUAUGACGGGUCGGAGCACCAUAGGCAAUAGUUGCAGCAGCGCCAACGUUUCCGCCGCCCUCAAUUCAUCGUCAGCCAGUGCAACGCUCAACAGUAUCGGUGGCAGCGGUUACGGCCACACGAGCUCGGUCACGACCAACACGAGCGCCCUCGAGCGGUCGCUCGGCGGUUAUGGGGGCGGUGGCGUUACGGGAAGCGUUGGCGGAAGUCGCGGCAUGGACGGUAUGGGCGGUGGUAUCGGUCACAGCACAAGCAUCGGUAUGAGCAGCAGCAGCGGCAUCGGCACUGGCAGCAGCAACACAGGCGGCAGCACCGUCACUUGGGCGCCAACACCGACCGGCCAUCAGCAAGGGACCGAGAUUGAUAGAAUAAUGGCAAAGAUCGAACAGGCACGUUUAUCCAUUGCUAAUGACAAUCGCAUACUGGCCGAGCUCGAGCAUCCACGCACAACCGGACCGCCGAUCAUGUCGUCGGCGCUGGGCACCGGCGGGCUGACGAGCGUCUCGACCAGCCUCGGACUGUCGUCGCAUCAAACGACGCACCUGCACCAGACACCGUCGAGCCUCGCGUCGCAGAUUUCCACCUCGGCCAUGCUGAGCGGUCUGUCCGGGCUGACCGGCGCCACCCACAUGCCCACCGGCGGCUCGCUCGGUAUGAACUCGAUCGGGCUCGGCGGUGGUGGCAGUGGUGGGGCAGGCGUCAGUUCGGCUAUGGCCGCCGGUAUCAGUUCCAUCACCGGUGGCGUCAGCUCGAUGGGUGUAACGUCCAGCACCAGCAGCCAUGCGCUGACCGACGGACAGUACAGCGCACUCACGUCGUCCACUGGUGGGAGCAGCACGAACCACUACUCGACCAACGCCAACGUUUCGCCACUGCCAAGCCGGGCAAAUCCAAUGAGCACCACCAUGCCACCCCUCUGCCAGAGUACGACCAUGCCCGUCCUGUCGCUACACAACACACACUCGAUACCGUCGGGUUCGGCUAGCUACACGCUCGGGCUGAGCGUUGCGCCGGUCGCCUCAUCGUAUACGUUCCCGACGCAUUCGGCCACGACCGGUGGUCUCGCGAGCGUGCUCGGCACCACGUCCGGCGUCAGCGGGGCGGGCGUCUCCGGGCUGAGCGGACUGGGCAGUGGGUUGGGCGGGGGCACCGGGCUGAAUCUUACCUCGACGAACCCGCUCACCAGCACGCUCGGCACCAAUCUGACCAACUACAAUACCAGCUCGUCCUACUCGACCUACACCAAUCCGCUGCUGAGCGGUACCGGUGGCAUCAGCUCGAAGCUCAACAUGAAACCGCUGGACGAGCUGGACCUGCUGACGCGCUACGGCCAGCGGGGCGGCACACCCUGCUCACCCAUUCCGCCCGCCAACUGGGGCCUAGAUAGCUAUACCGGAAUCGAUGGCGUGAAUCCUGCCUUCAUGCACACCCAGAACCGAUCGCUGAUCGGGAUGGAACUGGAUGCACGAUCCCACGGUUUAACUCUUAACGGUACCGGAGAACCUCAGGUCGACAUGCUGGACAUACCGGGCAAGGGCCGAUGUUGCGUGUUUAUCGCACGAUUUUCCUACGAUCCACCAGAGUACAGUGUGGAAGGUUC